GUACGAUGGCUCAGUAUUAGAAAUACGUCGCGUACUGACGGACGCGUAGCACUUCAAAUAGUGUGUUCAAUUUAUUAAAAGAGUGAACGCGUAAUAACAAUAAAAAAAAUGAAUUUUUCAUUAGAAGAAACACCGCUGGCUAAAACCACUUUGACAAAGGACAAUAUAGCGAAGUGGGUGGAGGGUCAACGGAAGGGUGAGCCCAUCAGGAUAGACGUGUACGGGAAACCUUCAGACAAACAGCUGAGAGAAUUGGAGAACGUAAGAAAACUAAGCAAGGAACUUCAGGAAAAUUUACAUGACUUAGAAACCUCAGUACGCAUACCAGAAGUGGAAAACCAAGCGAUGAAUCCAACAGCACCGAUCCUGGACUUCUCAGAAGACCACGAAUUCGUAUCAGCCAACCAGCUAGAUGAUUACUACUCCCAGGAAGACCAGAACGACGCAAAGGAGGCUGAAAAGCAAAAACUUACCAAGGGUAAAGCGGAUAAAACGGAUAUCCAGAAAUUUUAUAAGGAUCAGUGUGUUUUUGUGACUGGUGGUACCGGGUUUUUGGGUAAAGUAUUAAUUGAGAAGUUGCUGCGUUCCUGUGGCGAUCUUGACACAAUAUACGUUCUAGUUCGGCCGAAGAAAGGCAAGGAUCCGAUGACGAGGAUACACGACAUGCUUGAUGACUUUGUCUUUCAAAGGGCUCACGAGGAAAACCCAAAGGGUAUACACAAAGUUGUGCCAAUAGUUGGAGAUAUGGAACUGCCUGGACUAGGGCUAAGUGACGGAGAUCGAAAACUUCUUAAGUCGAGGGUAACGAUAAUAAUCAACUCAGCGGCGACUGUCAAAUUUGACGAAAAGCUCUCAAUUGCAACAGGUAUCAACGUGAGAGGCACGGUGGAGAUUAUCAAGCUAGCUAAAGAGUGUAGAAACCUCAUCGCCAUAACACACGUAUCAACAGCUUUUGCGAAUACACAUUUAAAAUGUAUUGAAGAGAAAAUCUACGAUCCACCGAUAAGUGUAGAAGCGUUGAAUGCUGUCUCUCAAUUAGAUGAUAGCAUUAUUGAAUCAAUUCUUCCAGCGCUUUUAGGCAAACGACCCAAUACCUACUGUUUCACGAAAGCGGUGGCCGAGGAAGCAGUCAGGGUGUAUGGCGAAGGGAUGCCCAUAUGUAUAGUUCGACCUUCUAUAAUUAUUUCAACGUAUGAAGAGCCAGUCAGAGGAUGGACGGACAGCAUGUAUGGACCUACUGGGUUGGUUGUCGGCAUUGGCACUGGAGUUCUGAGAACGAUGUACAUGGAUCUUAACAAGGUGGCGGAUAUGGUACCCGUCGACCUCACUGUCAACGCCAUCAUCGCAUCAACCUACCACACAGCUAAUGACUUUAAAGAAAAUCAAACAUCUCACAUCCCAAUCUACAAUUUCGUGUCUGGAAGUCAGAAUCCCAUAACUUGGAGUAAAUUCAUCGAAUUCAACAGACAUUAUGGAGUACAGACUCCAACAAUUAAAGCCGUAUGGUACUACGGUUUGAACCCGACAAAUUCGUACCAACUCUUUAGAUUUUACGACUUUUUCCUACAUUACCUGCCGGCUCUUCUCAUCGAUCUCUUCUGCGCUCUGACUGGAAGAAGAAGAAUGAUGUUACAAUUUUACAAGAAAGUGACCAAACUGGCCAAAAUCCUCUUCUACUUCUCGACCCAAGACUGGCGGUUCGAAGACAUUGGUGUCCAAAGAAUGUGGUCUCGAACAUCUGAGGGUGAUCGGGCCGUGUUUCCCUUCAACUUGAGAGAUAUGUCUUGGGAUUACAUGGCGGAAACUUUCUUGUUGGGUCUAAGGGUGUACUUGGUGAAAGAUGAUCUCUCAACGUUACCGGAAGCGAGAAGAAAAUGGAACAGGCUGUACUGUCUGCAUCAGCUCAUCAAAAUAGCGACGUACUCCUUAGUGUUGUACUUAAUCUACUUUCUAGUCACAAGGAUAUUUUCUUUUAUAAUGGGUUGAUUAUUAUACUAAAUAGAUUAACGUUAGCGUGAUAUAUGGGUAAAUAUCUGCAAAUAUUACAGAUAUAUCUGGAUAAUUUUAUAUUUUACUAGUAAAUAUUGUGUCGCCAUAUUUUUU